UGAAUGGAUGGGUCAACUGAUAUAUUUUUACGUAACCUGUGACCAGUUUGAUAUAAAACCCACUUAAAUAUACUUAUGGAGGGGUACUCGUGAAAAAACCCACCGGCGACGAUGGAGAAUCACGGCGACGGCGAUAAUGACGGCGGAUCUUCCGGUAGUUCAAACACUUGCCCUAUCUGCAUCGGACCUUUCCAGAAUGAAUCCUAUCUAGACAAGUGUUUCCAUAAGUUUUGCUACAAUUGUAUCUUGCGUUGGUCACAAGUGGUUGCUGGCAGGCAUUCUAAGCCACCUUCUUCUGUGAAGUGCCCUCUUUGCAAGACUGAAAACUUUUCUCUCAUACAUGGGUUCGAUGGAAUCUCUUUUCAUAAACAGUACUUUGAUCAGAAUGUUGGAAAUAGUGCCUUCUUUUCUGAUGUUCACAAAUAUAGAUUGCAGUGCUACUACGUAGAACCAGGUAUAUUAAAUGAGAAAUUCAGUGUUUCACUGUAUUGGAAGUCUAACAAAUAUGUUCAGAAGAAUCUGUUUCUGUUUAACUGGUUGAGGAGGGAACUUCAAGCUUUAACUCAGGAGGAAGAUGUUGAUAUCAUAGCUCACCACUUGCAUGGAAUCAUCGACUCCCUGGGAAGAAGUAAGAAAACAGCUCCUGGAGAUUCACCGGGAACAAAACGGGAAGAGUUCAAGGCUAUGGUUUCACAAGCAGCAGAACCUUUCUUGACAGGCAGAACAAAUAGGUUUGUAGAAGAACUGGAGCUCUUUUUAGCUUCAGGUCUUAAUAUUGAAGCCUACGAUAAAGUUUACAUCCAACAUCUGGGUUGGAAAAAUGAUAAAAUAACCCCUGAUGAUGAUCAUGAUGAGAUUCAUGAAAAUGUUCCUGUAGUGCCCUCCUUGAGUCUGUUCAAUGAUGAUGACUUUGAAUGAUAAAUGAUAAGCUUCGCAAUGUAGAGAGGAAAUGAAUGCCUUGCUUGUAGCUUAUGCUCAUGUAAAGGUUACUUGUUCAAUUUGUAACUGUACAAAUUGUUUUGUUUUCUGGUGCAAAUACAGGUACUGUAUAUUUAAUUUUGGAUCAUAUAUAUAAUCUGUACAUAUAAAGUGCAGUAUAUGCCUUUGGAAAAAGAAAUCGGGUUCCAUCAAGCUUCGGGUGUUGUGUUCUAGAAGUACUUGUUAGGAUGUAGUAUAUUAAUUUUUAUACCAUCAUUAUUGAAUAUUCUUUAUAUGGGAUUAAAGAUAAUUGCAAACAAUUA